GGGGAAGGGAAGUCCGUAGGUCUAGGCAUGUGGCCUGCUAGGAGCGCAGUUGGCUUUUCUUAGGGAUGGCUCUUGCUCACCAGAGCCUCACAAAGAUAAUCGCUCAGGAAGUGUUUCAGCCAAUCCCGGGCCGCCUUACACUCCGCUCUGCCGGGCCAGCCAAUCGGGGAUGAGCUCUUAUUAGGCGGCCAGAUCAUCAAGCCGAAGUGCCAAACCCUUUUUCUGUGAGAACUAGGAGCCUGUCCUCCAUGUUUUAUAAGUAUUGACAUUACACAGUGUUAACAAUGCAUCCACAGAGCUUGGCUGAAGAGGAAAUAAAAACAGAACAGGAGGUGGUAGAGGGCAUGGAUAUCUCUACUCGCUCCAAAGAGCCUGCCUGCCGCGACAUGCUCCGCCUUUCGGACCAGAGUAAACCAUUAGGAAGCCUUGCAUGUGGCCGUAUUGGACCCUGUUAAUCUGCCCCGCAGUGGCUCCUGUCCAGACACAGAGGAUGAUGACACACGGGACACAGUCUGCGUGCUGGGACUUGCCUGGGAGUUAAAACUGGAGGAGGAACGUCGCCAGGCUAUCUUUGGGGAUAAUCAGCUUUCCGGAUUCCGUGUUUCAUCCCAGCACCUGCACUCUUCCACGUAGCCCUUCCCUCGCCCGGUGUCUGUAGCUCUCUCAUUUCUCAGCGUGUCAGGUGCGCCAGGCCGCGCCCUCAUGCCAUCCCUAAGCUGACCAGACAGCUGUCGGGCAUGGAAUGGAUUCAGAGUCUUGCAGAUCCUGGCUCCACAGAGAGAACGGCCCAGAAAAGGAAGUUCCCAAGCCCUCCGCAUUCCUCCAAUGGCCAUUCUCCACAGGACACAUCAACUAGCCCCAUUAAAAAGAAAAAGAAACCGGGCUUACUGAACAGUAACAAUAAGGAGCAGUCAGAACUAAGACAUGGUCCGUUUUACUAUAUGAAGCAGCCACUCACCACAGACCCUGUUGAUGUUGUACCGCAGGAUGGACGGAAUGAUUUCUACUGCUGGGUUUGUCACCGGGAAGGCCAAGUCCUUUGCUGUGAGCUCUGUCCCCGGGUUUAUCACGCUAAGUGUCUGAGACUGACAUCGGAACCAGAGGGGGACUGGUUUUGUCCUGAAUGUGAGAAGAUCACAGUCGCAGAAUGCAUCGAGACCCAGAGCAAAGCCAUGACGAUGCUCACCAUCGAGCAGCUGUCCUACCUGCUCAAGUUCGCCAUCCAGAAGAUGAAACAGCCGGGGACAGAUGCAUUCCAGAAGCCUGUUCCCUUGGAACAGCAUCCCGACUACGCAGAAUACAUCUUCCACCCCAUGGACCUCUGCACGUUGGAAAAGAACGCUAAGAAGAAAAUGUACGGCUGCACAGAAGCCUUCCUGGCCGAUGCCAAGUGGAUUCUGCAUAACUGCAUCAUUUACAACGGGGGAAAUCACAAAUUGACGCAAAUAGCGAAAGUAGUCAUCAAAAUCUGUGAGCAUGAGAUGAAUGAAAUUGAAGUUUGUCCAGAGUGUUAUUUAGCUGCUUGCCAAAAACGAGAUAACUGGUUUUGUGAGCCUUGUAGCAAUCCACACCCCUUGGUCUGGGCGAAACUGAAGGGGUUCCCGUUCUGGCCUGCAAAAGCUCUGAGGGACAAAGACGGGCAGGUCGAUGCCCGUUUCUUUGGACAACACGACAGGGCCUGGGUUCCGAUAAAUAAUUGCUACCUCAUGUCUAAAGAAAUUCCUUUUUCUGUGAAAAAGACUAAAAGCAUCUUCAACAGUGCAAUGCAGGAGAUGGAGGUGUACGUGGAGAACAUUCGCAGGAAGUUUGGGGUUUUUAACUACUCUCCGUUCAGGACGCCCUACACGCCCAACAGCCAGUACCAAAUGCUGCUCGACCCCAACAACCCCAGCGCCGGCGCCGCCAGGAUAGACAAGCAGGAGAAGGUCAAGCUCAACUUCGACAUGACGGCGUCCCCCAAGAUCCUGAUGAGCAAGCCCAUGCUGGGCGGGGGCGCCGGCCGCAGGAUCUCCUUGUCGGACAUGCCCCGCUCGCCCAUGAGCACCAACUCCUCCGUGCACACGGGCUCCGACGUGGAGCAGGACCCCGAGAAGAAGACCAUGUCGAGUCACUUCAGCGCCAGCGAGGAGUCCAUGGACUUCCUGGACAAGAGCACAGCGUCACCGGCCUCCACGAAGACGGGACAGGCGGGGAGUUUAUCUGGCAGCCCGAAGCCCUUCUCUCCUCAAGCGUCCACGCCACUCACGACGAAAACGGACAAGACAUCCACCACGGGGAGCAUCCUGAACCUUAACUUGGACCGCAGCAAGGCCGAGAUGGACCUGAAGCAGCUGAGCGAGUCUGUCCAGCAGCAGUCCGCCCCCGUCCCUCUCAUCUCCCCCAAGCGGCAGAUCCGCAGCCGGUUCCAGCUCAAUCUCGACAAGACGAUAGAGAGUUGCAAAGCACAAUUAGGCAUCAAUGAGAUCUCGGAAGACGUCUAUACGGCCGUGGAGCACAGCGACUCGGAGGAUUCCGAGAAGUCGGACAGCAGCGACAGUGAGUACAUCAGUGACGACGAGCAGAAGUCCAAGAAUGAACCAGAAGACGCAGAAGACAAAGAGGGGAGUCGGCUGGACAAGGAGCUCUCCGCUGCCAAAAAAAAGCCCAAACUGGCAAACCCGGUGGAGGUCAAAGAGGAGCUGAAAAGCCCGUCGCCACCCAGCGAGAAAGCAGACUCAGACCCAGCCAAGGAGAAGGCAAGUCCUCAGCCCGAGAAGGACUUUGUGGAGAAAGCCAAACCCUCGCCCCAUCCCACGAAAGAUAAACUGAAGGGAAAGGAUGAGAUGGAUUCCCCAACAGUCCACUUGGGCCUGGACUCCGACUCGGAGAGCGAACUUGUCAUAGAUUUAGGAGAAGACCAUUCUGGGCGGGAGGGUCGGAAAAAUAAGAAGGAACCCAAAGAACCAUCUCCCAAGCAGGAUGCGGUAGCUAAAGCUCCGCCACUGUCCACUACGGCAGGCAGCCAGUCUCCCCCCGACACGCCGGUCCUCACCCGCUCGUCCUCCCAAACUCCCACGGCUGGGGUCACGGCCACCACCAGCACCACGUCCACGGUCACGGCCCCGGCCGCCACCGCCACGGGAAGCCCAGUGAAAAAGCAGAGGCCGCUUUUACCGAAGGAGACUGCCCCGGCCGUGCAGCGGGUCGUGUGGAACGCAUCAAGUAAGUUUCAAACGUCCUCCCAAAAGUGGCACAUGCAGAAGAUGCAGCGCCAGCAGCAGCCGCCGCAAAGCCAGCAGCAGCAGCCUCAGUCUUCCCAGGGGACGAGAUAUCAGACCAGACAGGCUGUGAAAGCUGUCCAGCAGAAGGAGAUCACGCAGAGCCCGUCCACCUCCACCAUCACCCUGGUGACCACCACCCAGUCGUCGCCCCUGGUCACCAGCUCGGGCUCCACAAGCACCCUCGCGUCCUCAGUCAGUGCAGACCUUCCCAUCGCCACCGCCUCCGCCGACGUCGCCGCGGACAUCGCCAAGUACACUAGCAAAAUGAUGGACGCCAUCAAAGGGACGAUGACGGAAAUAUACAACGACCUUUCUAAAAACACUACCGGAAGCACCAUAGCCGAGAUCCGCAGGCUGAGGAUCGAGAUCGAGAAGCUGCAGUGGCUGCACCAGCAGGAGCUCUCCGAGAUGAAACACAACCUGGAGCUGACCAUGGCGGAGAUGCGGCAGAGCCUGGAGCAGGAGCGGGACCGGCUGAUCGCCGAGGUGAAGAAGCAGCUGGAGCUGGAGAAGCAGCAGGCCGUGGACGAGACCAAGAAGAAGCAGUGGUGUGCCAACUGCAAGAAGGAGGCCAUUUUCUACUGCUGCUGGAACACCAGCUACUGCGACUACCCCUGCCAGCAGGCCCACUGGCCCGAGCACAUGAAGUCCUGCACCCAGUCAGCCACCGCCCCUCAGCAGGAAGCAGACACUGAGGUGAACACGGAAACACUAAACAAGUCAUCAUCCCAGGGGACCUCCUCCAGCACGCAGGCAGCCCCCCCAGAAACAGCCAGCACCUCGAAAGACAAGGAGACGUCCGCCGAGAAAAGCAAGGACGGCGGUGGCUCGACCCUCGACCUUUCUGGCUCCAGGGAGACGCCCUCCUCCAUUCUCUUAGGCUCCAACCAAGGCUCUGACCAUCCCCGGAGCAGCAAGCCCGGCUGCUGGAGCGGCAGCGACGAGAAGCGAGGCUCGUCGCGUGCCGAGCUCAACAGCGGCACCAGCGCCAAGAGUCUGCUCCCGAAAGAGUCCCGGCUGGACGCCUUCUGGGACUAGGGACAGGCUGCGCCACAAGCACGCCGCCCCGCGGAGGAAGAAGAAACCAGACCCCAGGAGAACAGGGCGCAGCCAAGAAACGUGAGGCCGAACCUCCGCCCGCAGACUGGGGAACCCCCCGGCUCGCGGGCUCGGCCUCCGCCCUGGGGGCGUCUACACUACGUCACAUCCGGCAUUAGCUUCGACUGAGGACUGUUAGACCCACCCGCCACCGAUGCUUUAGAUGUAAAUAAUGUACAAUUUGUGGAUGUCACCAAACCUAGAGUACCUUCCCCUUUUUAUAUUUGUAUUGACUUUAACUUAUAAAAAAAAAAAAAGAAAAGCAAUGGAAAAAAAAAAAAGCAAAACCCCAACAGCAGAAGGAAUGUUUUGGUGUUGGCGAAGGGGGUGGCCCAUCAGCCCGGCCGUCACACACAGCGCUAAGGGGACUGGGCCCGGGGCUGUCUGCUGCCCAGGGGAACUCGAGCUGCGUUCAUUCAAACCGUUCGGACGGGGCACAGCGGGAUCGUGAGUUUGGGCGCGGAUCCUGUGCUGCCGUGGGCACAUGAAGUCAAGCCCUUGGCCGCUCUCAGCUACGACGUUGCUAGGCUAUCAAAUGCAAGCUGUCUGGACCAGGACACGCGGAGAAACUGGUUUAUUUUAUGGGAUUUAAACGAUGACUCUACUCCUAAAAGGGAAAAACCUAAUGUCCUUGUUUACAGAAGGGAAACAAACAGAAACAAGCCCCACUCAGCUCAGCGGCGGAAGAACACGGAACAUUUCGCGUCACAAGGUCUGAAACGGCGAGAUCCUUUCUUUGCAUUGCGGUUCCUUUAAAUACACUCACUUGGAAAGAGACACACCGCGCUCCUCGGGGGCGAGGACUCAGAGGCAGGGCGCCCGCGGAGGACCCUUGAGUCUGGGGUGAAGCAUGUCUGUAGUAUUUAUAUGAUGGAAUUUUACAUUUUUAUGUAAGCAUGAAACCAAGGCAGUGGGAGAGGACACGCCCGCCAUGCUGUCGGUUACACUACGUAAGCUGUAGUUCCAUUCUGUAUGUCGUGUAAAACUAAACGCAUCGAACAAAGCGGAAGGUGAUGUAUGUAUAUGGGAAAAUUAAUUGUACGAUACCAUUCCAGUACAUUUUGUUGUACAUUUUAGUCUCGUUUACUUUCUCCUCAUUGUCGAUAAGAGGAUGCGAACUGUACAGUGUCCAGCUAGUUACCCACCUUAGAGAAGAAAUAAAAAAAAGAGUAUUAGAAGAAACCAGGAGGGAAAGAACAUUUGUGAAUUGCAGUUGUCAAAACAAAACAAGACAAAACAAAAAAUAGCCUAGCUGGCCUUAUUUGUGAAGCAUAAUUGCUUUUAGCAUAUGGAAGUAUUUUUUCACAUUUUCUUUGUAUAAAAUUUGUAUUAAACUUAAAUAUCUUUUUUGA